ACGAAUUUAACGAUCGUCGUCUUCCAUUGUUUCAUCCAGCGUUCUUGAAAAUUAGGGUUUUAAUUCUAAUAUUUAGCCUCUGGCAAAGUAGGGCGGAGAUUCGAUACUGUUAUGGUGAUGCCAUUUAAAUAGACAUGUUCUUGUUGGAGUAGAUUCACUGGACAAUAUGCAGGUCUAAUAUUGCUUACCCUCUGAAGCCACCGCCAUUGAGGCCCUGACCUGGGGCCAAGGCCUGGACAAAGUCUCAAUUGACGUUAGGCUAAAAAUGCCCAAUUUCUAUAGACAUUGAGUUUCGAAGAAAAAUUCUCAUGUCAAACACAAAGCCGGAGCAAUGGCAGUGGGAAAACGCCACUGCCGGCGCCGUUGCGGGGUUUGCUACCGUCGUUGUCAUGCAUCCCCUAGACGUUGUCCGAACUAGGUUCCAAGUUAAUGAUGGUCGAGUUCCCUUUGUUCCCAGUUAUAAGAAUACUGCUCACGCCGUUAUCACCGUUGCUCGCUCAGAGGGCUUAAGAGGUCUUUACGCAGGCUUGCUUCCUGCAGUCCUUGGGUCAACUAUUUCAUGGGGUCUAUACUUCUAUUUCUAUGACAAAGCCAAACAAAGGUAUGCGAGGAACAGGGAGGAGAAGCUGAGCCCUGGUUAUCAUCUUGCUUCAGCCGCUGAAGCAGGGACUUUGGUUUGCUUAUGCACAAAUCCUGUUUGGCUAGUAAAAACAAGAAUGCAGCUUCAGAAUCCUCUGCAUCAAGCACAACCGUAUAAUGGGAUUUAUGAUGCAUUUAAAACCAUCAUGAAAGAAGAAGGAUUGAGGGCAUUGUACAGAGGAAUUGUUCCUAGUCUUUUUCUGCAGGUCUCUCAUGGUGCCAUGCAGUUCAUGGUAUAUGAAGAGCUUCGGAAGAUGAUUGUAGAUUUGAAGAGCAAGGAAAGUGAGAUGCAUCAUCAAAAACCCGAUAAGCUGUUGAAUUCUAUGGAUUACGCUGUUCUUGGAGCAACUUCAAAAGUUGCUGCCACUCUUAUAAGCUAUCCGUUUCAGGUCCUACGGGCUCGAUUGCAGCAACGGCCAAGUGUUGAUGGGAUUCCAAGAUAUAUGGAUAGUUGGCACGUCGUGAAGGAAACUGCACGGUUUGAAGGUGUUCGAGGUUUUUACAAAGGGAUCACCCCAAGCCUAAUGAAAAAUGUUCCUGCUUCAUCAGUAACAUUUAUUGUCUAUGAAAAUGUGCUUAAAUUGCUUAAACUAACUAGAAGGAAUGACUAGCUUUUUUUUGUUAUUUUUUUAAACGUUUUGGGGGCACAUAUCCUGUCCUUUCUAACAUUUGUGAUCGUACACAUUUUUUCCCAUUACAUUGAUGGGGUCCUAUGCACAAUAUGUAAGCUUAUACAGUGGGAACAUUUUAUGAAGGGCAAUAAUUUAUUAGUUCA